UUCUUUUUGUACUUUACAGAGUUCUGGCUGAGUCUGGAUUCCUAUGAUCCAACAAACUCCACGUAUCUUCGUCCGACACCGAGCCAUUUUUACAUCGAUGAUUUUGUCGAAAGUACCACAGCGGAAAACGCUUUACUUAGCUGCCUUCCUUCCGAGCAGCGCUACAAAGUACCUUACGUCGGCCAAGCCGCUAUGCUAUAUAUCAUAUUUCUUAGUACGAGGUACAAACUGUUUGUUAAGCUCAAUGCUGCGGAGCAGUUGUGGUCACCCUUCAAGACCUAAGAUGCCCGGCGAACAAGUUCAUCACAAAUACUCAUGUUGCGGAACGUCGAACUUAUGAUGGUUUUAUUACUCGACGUAACGUACCGGAUGCCAUUGGAUGAAAGAGCACUUUCUUCGGGGCGAGCACUGCUGCGCCAACAAGGACGAGCAGCAACACUAAAGCUUAAUCGAACGCUGCAAAGCUGGUCACAUCCGAAGCAGAUUCAGCCUGUGGAACCGAUUCAAAAGAAGAAUCCAAGGAAGAGCCUACGCAUCCUACUCUCUUCCCUGUUCCGUGAAGCAAGACGGACGAUUGAGCCGCGUGUGGGGUGGAUUGGGAUGAAUGUAAAGGGUCAGUUGGAUGAGGAACACAAAGGGGGGCUCGCCGCAGAAGUAUCUGUUGGCGCACGAAGAAGCAAAAGAAUGAUACCACGCGAUGAGGGUUGGGAUGAGCAUAUGGGCUGAAAUGGGGAUAUAUCCAAACACUAUUUGUCUCCA